AAUAUGUAGGUACAUCUUCAUCACACAAUAGUACGAUACACGCUUUAACCUACGCUUCAGCAACAGCAGUGUGCAGACUGUUGCCUAUAUAUUAACGAGUGUCUAAUAAGUAGUGUGCUAAAAUGCUGUUGUAUAAAAAGAAAUUAAUAUUUUUCUUGAUGAAUUUUAUUGCCAUUACGUAAAUUGUAAUUGUUUUAUAUAAUUAUUUAAAGUGUUUUGAUUGAUAAUUUCAUUUCCGGAGGAAUACCUUACAUUAUCGUUUAAUAAUCUAAAAGGUUUCCGUACAGUGGCACCGAUGUCACUAUGUCAGUUUCAAAUGGUAUUGUAUAAACACUAUUGAUAUAAAAUCUGUGAUAGGAGGUAUAAAACAGAGAUAUGGAUCUCGAUGAUGAACAGUAUGAUUUUACAGUUGACAACAGUCAUCUUUAUUUAAAUGAUGAAGUUAUAAACAAAUAUAUGGAUCUAAUCACAGAACGUUCUCCAGACACAGUGUAUGCAUUUAAUACAUUUUUUUACUUGGCUCUGUCUGACAAGGGAUAUUCUCACGUUUGUCGGUGGACAAAAAAAAUUGAUAUAUUCUCAAAAAAAAAAUUAUUCAUUCCUGUUCAUAUUGAAGAUGAAAAUCAUUGGUGUUUAAUUUAUGUUGAUUUUGUACAUAAAUUUAUUAAAUACUAUGAUAGCCUUAGAGGACGAAAUUUUAAAUGCCUCAAAUUAAUAUUGAAAUAUUUAAUGAUGGAACAUGUUGAUAAAAAAGGAAAAGAUUUUCAUCCUAGUGGUUGGUUAUUAAUGAAUGUGAAGAACUGUCCACAACAACUCAAUCAUUGGGAUUGUGGAGUAUUUGUUUGUAUGUUUGCAGAAUAUUUAUCAAGAGAUGCUCCAUUGAAUUUUUCACAAAAACAUAUGAACAGAUUUAGGAGACAAAUAGAAUUUGAAAUCAAGAAGAAAAAAUUAAGAAAAUCCGUAUCAGAAACAUAAGCCAUUGAAACAAUUAAAUGACAUGUAUUUCUAUACAUUUGUUGGAGUUAUUGGUGAUGAAAUUUCACAUUAUGCAUAAUUUGUAUUUAAUGUUAAUAACUAGCAUGUUAUAAGUAAUUAUAAUUUGACAUAUUACUUACUUUAAUU